UAUAUGAAAAUAAUCUUGAAAAAAAAGAAAACUGCACAUCCAUCCAAACCUGCAAAUCUGAUAUAAUUCAUACACGUCCUCAGAUAUUUUGGUAGCCAAUCGAUCACGUAGCAAUCACUGUUUAACUUGGUCAUCAAAUCAGGUAAUACACAUAAACACCGCUACUGCUACCACUCUAUCUACCACUGGAAUCGUCUGUCACUGUCAAAGCCUCAUAGGUUGUUUUGUUUUCAUAUAAAGUGCAGUAGUCUGAAACUAUGGCUGUUGAGAAAUAUGAAAUCGCUAAAGAUGUAACUGAACUAAUUGGAAACACUCCAUUGGUAUAUCUCAAUAAUGUCGUGGACGGUUGUGUUGCUCGUGUUGCUGCUAAACUAGAGAUGAUGGAACCAUGCUCGAGUGUCAAAGACAGGAUUGGUUACAGCAUGAUUGCGGAUGCAGAGGCUAAAGGCCUUAUCACACCAGGGCAGAAUGUUCUCAUUGAGCCAACAAGUGGAAAUACGGGCAUAGGAUUAGCAUUCAUGGCAGCUGCCAAGGGAUACAGGCUCAUUAUCACAAUGCCUGCAUCAAUGAGUCUUGAAAGAAGAAUUAUUCUCCGUGCCUUUGGAGCUGAAUUGGUUCUGACUGAUCCUGCUAAGGGCAUGAAAGGGGCUGUUCAGAAGGCAGAAGAGAUUUUGGCUAAAACACCAAAUGCUUAUAUGCUCCAGCAGUUUGAAAAUGCUGCCAAUCCAAAGAUACAUUAUGAGACUACUGGACCAGAGAUAUGGAAAGGAUCAGGAGGGAAAAUUGAUGCCCUUGUUUCAGGGAUAGGUACUGGAGGAACCAUAACAGGUGCUGGGAAAUAUCUUAAAGAGCAGAAUCCUAACAUUAAGUUGUUUGGUGUUGAACCAGUUGAGAGCCCCGUUUUAUCAGGAGGAAAACCUGGUCCUCAUAAGAUCCAGGGAAUAGGUGCUGGGUUUGUCCCAGGAGUUCUGGAAGUCGAUAUCAUUGAUGAAGUUAUUCAAGUAUCAAGCCAAGAAGCAAUUGAAACAGCAAAACUUGUUGCGCUGAAAGAAGGUUUGCUUGUAGGAAUAUCAUGUGGUGCUGCCACUGCAGCUGCAAUUAAGAUUGCAAAGAGGCCAGAGAAUGCUGGAAAACUCAUAGUUGUGGUUUUCCCAAGCUUUGGGGAGAGGUACCUGUCGUCCGUGCUGUUCGAAUCGGUGAGACGGGAGGCUGAAAGCAUGACAUAUGAGCCUUGAGCUGUUCACUGAUUUUGAAACUGGUUGGGGUGAUGCUUUUGUGCUGGGAUACUUUCUUCUGCCCAAUAAAAUUUGUUUAUUUGCUCAAAUUGUUGGGAGAGCAUUUCCACAAGUAAUUUCAGUGUAAAAAUCAAUUGAAGCCUGUGUGUGAAAUGUCUUAUUUUUCUCUUAGGUGAAAUAAGAACACUAUAAUUUCUUCAUUGCUA